AUGAACCUCUUUAGUGCAGCAGACGUCUACAUCGAUCGAAUCACCAACUCUUCUUCUAGAGGUUCUCGCAAUGCGGUUUCAGAGACUCGAAUCCGAGCCCUUCUGCUGGACAAACACACAACAGGUACUAUUUCGAUGUGCACGACACAAACCGCGUUACUAGAGCGCGAAAUAUAUCUGAUUGACACACUGGAAAACGAAAAUAGGGAUGUCAUGCGCCAUAUGAGGUGUCUUGUCUAUGCCAAGCCUACGGAUGAAACUAUAGAAUUGGUAGCGAAAGAACUUAGCAACCCAAAAUAUGGCGAGUACCAACUUUUCUUCAAUAACUCUUUGACCAAGGCACAGCUCGAGCGUCUCGCUGAGAGCGACGAGCUGGAAGUGGUUAAUAAAGUAGAGGAAAUUUUCCAGGAUUACCAAAUUCUGAACCAGGACUUAUUCUCGCUCGACCUUCCGUCUCCAGAGCUCUUUUCGAACCAAUUGAUUUGGGAUCCAUCGGGCUUGCAGAAAGCUUGUCGGGGGCUCACAUCGCUUCUGCUGUCAUUGAAACUCAAGCCCCAGAUCCGAUUCCAAGGAGGCAGCAGACUAGCAUCCAAACUAGCUCAAGAAGUUCAACACACAGUACAGCAAAAUCAAAAAACGCUGUUCGAUUUUCCACAGAUAGACGCUCCGCCACUACUUCUGAUCCUCGACCGCCACCGGGAUCCGCUGACAGCCUUACUGCAGCCUUGGACGUAUCAGUCCAUGAUAAACGAGUAUUUGGGUAUAAAACGCAAUGUUGUCGAUUUGUCCAAUUCACCUGAAGUUGAUUCAAGUAUGCAGCAAGUCGUUCUUUCCUCAAGGCAAGAUCAUUUUUUCUCUGACACAAUGUAUCUGAACUUCGGUGAACUUGGGGAUAAGGUGAAGCAUUAUGUUUCUAGCUAUAAGGAGAAAACGAAUACCAACAGUCAGAUCAAUACAAUUGAGGACAUCAAACAGUUUAUAGGAAAAUAUCCAGAAUUUCGAAAGCUGUCCGGCAACGUCUCAAAACAUAUGGCAAUUGUGGGAGAAUUGGAUCGUCAGUUGCAAGAAAAGCACAUCUGGGAGGUGAGCGAGCUCGAGCAAAACAUUUCAUCAGACCCCGGGGACUCUCAGAAUUACGAGGAAUUAAUUAAGGUGAUUUCGAAUCCUAGCGUUGACAACUACUACAAGCUGAAACUUGCAUGUAUCUAUUCUUUGAAAAAUUCCGGCGCUGCACGUACAUCCGAAAUUUCAAAAGCCUUAGCUCUUCAAAUGAGUGCAGAGGAGGUCAAUUUUCUUCACCAUUUCAAUAGUCUCUUCCAGACCCGCACGAAUUCUUCUCCAUCCGGUCGAGAAAGAGAAGAUCUGAUUAGUGAAUUGGCUAAAAAAUUCAAUCAGAAGGGUCACCCAAAGGCUGAUAAUGUCUUCAUGCAACAUGUUCCUGACUUGUUUGCUUUCCUGAAUGAUUUGUCAAGAAACAAAAUUUCUGACGAUAAGUUUCCGUUUUUGGAGACCCCAGCGAGCAGGUCACCGGCACAAGAUGUCGUUAUCUUCUUUGUUGGAGGUGCUACGUUUGAGGAGGCCCGGAUAGUUCAUGAAUUUAACAAGACAAUUAAGGAUGAAAAUGACGGGAAAAUAAGAGUUAUACUUGGCGGUACAAGCAUUGUUAAUACUCAUGAAUUCAUGAAGUAUUGCAGCGGUUCCGGUAGAAAAAGUACUGACGUAUCAGAUCUCUUAUAA